GGGCGGUAACUCAGCUCUCCCUGCGCUCCCGCCCCGUGCACACGCUGCUCCGCGGCACUUGGCUCGUCCCGGGGCUCCGGGUCGAGAUGGCGCUCAUUGUGGCCACCAACUUCGGACUUGGCCUCCUGGUCCUGUUUGUGCUGUUCGGCUGCACCUGCGGGGCGCGAGGCGGAGGUGAGUUCCUGGGCGCGGCGCGCGAGAAGACAGAUGCUCUUUCUCCUGCCUUUGAAUUCCCCAUCACACCAAAGACCGAUCCUGGACAACCAUGGUGUGAGAUUCGAGGCAAGGUCAAUGGAAAGACGUUUCUGUAUUAUGCCUGUGGGAACAAGAAGGUCGAAGUCUUUGGUCCUCUGGGGAGGAAUGUGAAUGACAUAAUGUUUUGGGAGGCACAGACAGAAACUCUGAAAGACCUGGCAGAAGAGCUCAAGAAGAAACUACUUGACUGGAAAGCAACGGAUUUUACACACAGUGAUUCUCUCUCCCUGCAGGGCAGGAUGGUGUGUGUGCGUGGGGACCACGGACGCACCAGCGGAUCCUGGGAGUUUGACAUCAAUGAACAGAUAUCCUACUUCUUUAACUCAGAGAGUGGAAAUUGGACAGUUCGUCCUAGAGGCCAACAGAUAGAGGCCUCGUGGGAGAAUGACAGAGAUUUGACCAAUUCCCUCAUGAAGAUCUCAGUUGGACAUUGUAACAAGUGGCUUGAGCGAAUAUUGGUGCACUGGGGUGAACUGUGGGAGACAACAGCCCCGCCAGGCACGCAGCAAGUCACGGCCCAGUCCGGGGCCACGGCCCUCAGACCCAUCACCUGGAUCCUCCCUGUGAUUCUCAGCUGCUUAAUCAUAAUUGGCAUCCAAGGCUGCUGAUUAUACCAGGAAGCCCCCGAGAGUGUCGUCCUGCUUAGCGAUUCUGUUUUGCUAGGCUACCUUUGGAUCACUUGCUGUUCGUUUUUAGACCAGACUUUAAGAAUCCAGCGACGUCACCAACUUCCAGCUAUUACAAAGCCAUAAUUAUCAAGACAGUAUGGUACUGGCACAAAAACAGACACUCAGAUCAAUGAAAGAGAAUAGAAAACCCAGAAAUGGACCCACAAACGUAUGGCUAACUAAUGAGCAGGAGAGAAUAUCCAACGGAAUAAAGACAGUCUCUUUCCAGUGGUGCUAGUAACACUGGGCUGCAAUGUGCAGAAAAACGAACCUGGACCACUUUCUCACACCAGACACAAAAAUAAAUUCAAAGUGGAUGAAAGACCUCAAUGUAAGACGGGAAGCCGUCAAAAUCCUCGAGGAGAAAGCAGGCCAAAACCUCUUUGAUCUUGGCCGCAGCAACUUCUUACUCAACACGUCUCCAGAGGCACGGGAUACAAAAGUAAAACUGAACUUUUGGGGCCUCAUCAAAUAAAAAUCUUCUGCACAGCGAAGGAAACAAUCAGCAAAACUAAAUGGCAGCCGGGGCACCUGGGUGGCUCAGUCGGUUGAGCGGCCGACUUCGGCUCAGGUCACGAUCUCGUGGUCCGUGAGUUCGAGCCCCACGUCGGGCUCUGUGCUGACUGCUCAGAGCCUGGAGCUUGUUUCACAUUCUGUGUCUCCCUCUCUCUCUGACCCUCCCCCGUUCAUGCUCUGUCUCUCUCUGUCUCAAAAAUAAAUAAACGUUAAAAAAAAUUUUUUUUAAACUAAAUGGCAGCCAAUGGAAUGGGAGAAGAUAUUUGCAAAUGACAUAUCACAUAAAGGGUUAGUAUCCAAAAUCUAUAAAGAAUUUAUCAAACUCAACACCCAAAA